UUGUCAUCAUCCGGCCAUCCGCGACGCAUAAAUACGAGCAGGCAGCAACUCAGCAAGGCGCGAAGACACCCGAGCCGCCGAGCGCACCACUGCACUUGCAGCAGGAACAAGAAGCUAAUCGCGAGAAUGGCUGCUGUGCCGGCAUGGCUCUUGUCCUCGCUGGCCUCACUGGGCGCCCUCUAUGUCUCUGCCGUGGCCAUCCGCUUCCUUUCCUACUUGGCGCUCAUCCUGCGGCGGCCCAAGGACCUCCGCUGCCGCUACGGCUCCUGGGCCGUGAUCACGGGCCCGACGGCCGGCAUCGGACGGUCCAUGUCCCUGGAGCUCGCCCGGCGCGGCCUCAACCUCGUCCUCGUGGGCCGCGACCCCGCCAAGCUCCGCGACAUCUCCGAAACCAUCUCCAGCACCCACGCCGUGCAGACCAGGACCGUCCUCUUCGAUUUCUCCCUCGCCUCCACUCCCCAAGGGGAGAAGGCGGUGCGGCGACUCCGGGAGGCGGUGGAGGGGCUGGACGUGGGGGUGCUGGUGAACAACGCGGGCGUGGCGAAGCCUGGCGCCGUGUACCUGCACGAGGUGGCCGUGGAGGCGUGGGUGAGGAUGAUCCGGGUGAACCUGUGGGCGCUGACGGAGGUGACGGCGGCGGUGCUGCCGGGGAUGGUGGAGCGGGGGAAAGGCGCCAUCGUCAACAUCGGCUCCGGGUCCGGGUCGCUGCUCCCUUCCUACCCGCUCUACUCCGUCUACAGCGCCACAAAACGGUACGCCGCGGGCUUCUCACGGAGCCUCGCCGUGGAGUACCGGAGAAAAGGGAUCGACGUGCAGUGCCAGGUCCCGUUGCUCGUGGAGACCAACAUGGUGUCCAACGACGUGAAGGGGAGCUUCGUGCCGCAGUUCGUGCUGGCCCCGGACGCCUACGCCCGCGACGCGGUGGGGUGGAUCGGGCAUGGCACGCUGUGCGUGCCCAGCGUCGCCCACCGCUUCCAGGCUUGGACUAUCAGCCUCUCGCCAGAUUUCGGCUACGACGCCCACAUCCUGAACAAGCAUCUGCAGCACAGAGACAUCUUUCGGAGGCUCAGGCCGUGGAGGAAGAAUUCGCAGGGGAAUUCACGGAACGGGUCUGUCGACGUUGCUACUCAGCAGGACAAGUCUGGUGUGUGUUCGGAAGCUCCAACCAGCGGCUGAUACAAAUGUUGUACACACACGUACGUCACGUACACAAGGCAUCCAUAAUACUCCACGUCUCCACCCAGUAAACCGUAGAGUCUAUUGAUUUUCUACAUCAUGCAUCCAUAAUGACAGAGCGGCUCUUCACGUUAUUUACAGUUGACGGUAAAUAAUAUUACCUUCGUUACA